CAUUUGAUGAGUGAAAUUGAUGAAAAGAUAUAGUUAAGACAUUGAAAUAAAUUGAAGCCCAAGACGAAAUCAUGUCAACAUUUAGCUAUUGUUGCUUUGGCAACAUGUUGCCAAUGGUCAUGUUGCUAAUGUUGCUAUGUGUGUUAAUGUUAAUGCCAGAGGCAAAGGCAGCAGCAGCAACAACAACAACAACAACGACAACAGCAGGAGCAGCAGCAGCCACAAUGCGAGGCCUAAGACAAAGGCCUAAAACGAACAAUGAAACAUCUGGCGGCAGCAGCAGCAACAACAACAGCAUGAAAAAUAAUAAUGCCAAAGUUGGUAGCAAAUAUGAGAUACGCGGAGUGGCUGGUGAACCAAAUUACAAAUCGGUGAAUCUGACCUGGGAAGUUGAAUUCGUGCCACUGGCUGAGGCUGGGACUUGGGCUGGAACUGAAACCGAAACAGCAGCCCAUCAUGACACACUUCGCCAAGAUGCUGUCGAUGAUGAUGAUGUGACAAAUAUGAGCAUCGAUACGAAAUCAAAUAUCAAUUCACUUACAAAUUUAUUACCGCCCAAGCCCAAGGCAUUUCAAAUAUAUUACUGUGAAAUUCAGAAUUAUGGUCCACAGAGAUGUAGAGUGAAGCUGGUGAACGCCUCGGCAGCAGAAAUCAAAGAGGAGGAUCAGGAUCUGUUGAUAAAUGAGGAGAGUAAUCACAUUCAACACUUUUCCACCGCUGUGGAUAAUCUUAGAAUGGCCACAAAAUAUAGUUUUCAUAUAAGACCAGCGAUGAGUUCAAAACGCCUUCAAACGCCACGCAGUCAGAAUGGCCGAUCUGAAUUCAAUGAAGAGAAUGAAAUCGAAAGUCUGAAUUCAAAGCAUUUACCUGGUCAAAGCAUCAUUAUACCAACAAAGGGCUUUUCUGCCCAUGCCACACAAUGUCUGCCACAUGCCUCAGAAAUUGAAGUGGAAACUGGGCCAUAUUUUGCCGGACGCAUUGUGGUCGAUGGUGGUAAUUGUGGUGUGAAGGGUGAUGCCAAUGAUCCAGCUGAUAAAUAUACAAUGCGUAUUGAUCAUAAGAAAUGUGGCAGCAUGGUCAAACCGGAGACAAAUACCGUGGAAACUUUUAUAACUGUGCAAGAGAAUUUGGGAAUAUUCACCCAUAGUACGAGAAGAUUUGUUGUGGUCUGUAGUUAUCAAUCAGGCAUGCAGACGGUACGAGCAAGUUUUAUGGUGCCUGGUAAAAAUGGAGUUGCCGCUGCCUAUGAGCCAAACGAUCCCUUUCAGCCAGAUGGUGAAGAUGAGCGUUUUGGUCGUGAAAUGCGUCAUAUGCGUUAUGUCAAUAAAAGUGAAUUGGUACUCAAAGAGCCCGAAGAGUCGGUGGAGCAAGCAGCUCUGGUUGUUGAAGAAUUAGCACCAUCAUUAUCAUCAACGACAACAACAACAACCAACGAAUUGCCAAGGGGCCAACAACAGGGACGAGCCUUAACUCUGACCAGUCUCAAUGAACUAAACAAUUUGGCGGAAACCGAAAUGGAGACUGAGAGGGGACUGCAAGUGGGUACCAAAUAUGCCAAACUGGUUGUUGAUCAGUCGGAACCGGGACUUGGUCUUAGCUACAAUACAUGGACAAAUCCCUCCGAUCACGAUGAAGAUAGUCAAGAUGCAUUUGCCGCUACCUUACGUUAUAUAAGCUCUAAUCUGGGCAGUGUCCUGGUAACUGUUUCCAUAUCUGUGAUAAUAAUCAGCAUAUGCCUCAUUCUGCUGCAACGUCGUCAGCAUCGACUAAGCUCGAAGUUGUCAGGUAACCGCAUCUACUGCUCCUCUGCCAACUCGCCAUGCCCAUCUGCAUCUGGCACUGGCGCAUCCCAUCUGCCCCAUAAGACAUUGCCGCGUGCCUUGCAACAUCAGCAAUAUCAAUGCACCUUGUAGGUGCAAUCGAAUCCGUGUUGCUCUUCCCCUUUUAAAGUUGCCCCUCAACUAUGCCCACUUGUCUUGCUGAAUGUAGAAUUGAACUUUAUGCAAGCGCACAACUUUUAGCUGAAGACGACUGUGGCAUAGACCUGGCCAAGGCCCAAUCGACAAAAAUUUCACAUUCUACUCCCCCCUCCUUCACCGUCAACACCGUCAUCCUCAGCUUGAUUUA